AUUCUUCUUGCUUUCCCACCCACUCAAGUUGAUCAUCUAGCAACAGUUGAAGCAGUAGUGACAAAAGGAAAGCGGAAGAAGACUACUUUAGUCCGUCUUGAUGUUAAACCGACUGAACUGCCUGAUGCACCAAAUGGCACUAAAUAUUUUACUAUUUAUUUGGCUAAUCCCAUAAAUUCUGGUGAAAGUACGACACUAGAAGUGUUGUACUUGUUUACACACUUCCUAGAACCUUUUCCAGCAGAGAUAGGCCAAUCAGAAUCUCAAUUAGUAUAUUAUCGUGAUAGUGCGUUAAUAUUGUCGCCGUAUCAUAUUAAGCAACAAACAACUUUCAUUAAGACACCAAGUACUAAGGUGGAAUCGUUCACAAGGGUGGUACCCACGAGCCGUGCAGGCACUGAAAUGAAGUAUGGGCCAUAUGAGGAUCAUCCACCAUACUCUUCUUCUCCAAUUCUUGUACAUUUUGAGAAUAAUAGCCCAUUUCCUGUGGUUGAGGAGCUUGUUCGUGAAGUUGAGAUAUCUCAUUGGGGCAACCUUCAGGUCACAGAGCAAUACACAUUGGUUCAUGGCGGUGCUCGGCACAAAGGUGUAUUUUCAAGGGUUGAGUACCAAUCCAGGCCAACUUUGAGUGGUACGUCCUCAUUGCGAUACCUUCUGGCAAGACUACCUCCUAGGGUUCAUUCUGUCUACCGGGAUGAAAUAGGGAACAUCUCAUCAUCACACCUGCGUAUGGAUUCCCGUAAGUCUGAACUGGAAAUUGAACCACGGUAUCCUUUAUUUGGAGGUUGGAAAGCAACUUUUGUCAUCGGUUAUGGGCUACCGUUACAAGACUUCCUUUUCGAGUCAUCUGAUGACAGGCGUUACCUCAACUUUACCUUUGGAUGCCCCCUUCUUGAGACUGUGGUUGACAAGUUAACUGUCAAAGUUGUGUUACCUGAGGGAUCAAAAGACCCAUUGGCUGUGAUUCCCUUUCCCGUGGAGCAGCAUCUUGAGACCAAAUAUUCUUACCUUGAUGUUGUGGGAAGGACUGUGGUGGUCAUGGAAAAGAAGAAUCUUGUUCCCUCGCACAACUCUCAUUUCCAGGUUCACUACACCUUCAAGCCAAUCUUCAUGCUUGCAGAGCCUCUGAUGCUGGUGUCUGCAUUCUUCUUGUUUUUCGUGGCUUGUGUAGCUUACCUGCACAUUGAUCUUUCCAUCCGUAAGUGAAACAUCGUGGUGUUCACAAUCGGAAAAUUAUCAAAUAGUUCUAAAUUGUCACUCUUUAGAUUGCUGUGAAGCCAGAUUCCAUCAGGUGAG